AUAAAAAAUAUACCAUCCCAGAUCGAUAACAUCCUUCAUAAAUUUAAGAGCCAACAAGAUUCGAUUUUGUAAUAUUUACCCAAUUGAGUCUGUGUUUUUUCCCACCGUUCAUGGCGGCAGAUCUCAUUUUCCGGUUGCUUUCUUGCUGUUGAAUCUUGACAACUUCAUCCAAGAAUUGAGAAUUUGAACAAAUUUCUUUCAAUUAAGAGCUUGAAAUUUAAUGAGUGGUCGGUCUUGUAGAAAUUUUGUUUAAUGCCCAAUUAAUAUCAUGCCAUCAAAGCCCUUGCCUAGAUAUCAUCAACUUCUUAGGGUUUCAAGAAAGUAAUUGGGUUUUGCGUUUCAUCAUUCUAUAUUGCUUCUGUUGAUAGUAUUUCUCAUAAAAUUAAGCUGUUCUUGUUAAUGGGUAAUUGUUCUUACCCUUUAUAAACAACUUACAUUGAUCAAAUCGAACUGGAUUUGAGUUGUAAACCUAGUUUUUACUCUUGAAGAGCCUUCAAUUCGUUCUCAUCUUUGGACUGUUUGCUGCUGUACACUUUACCCUUUCUCAAUGUCUUCAAUGCCUGAAAAGCGUGUGUUUUCUUCUCGUUUGCUUUCAUGUCUGAUUGCCAUCUCAAUGUUCUUCCUAAUUCUUUCCUGUUCACUCAUAUUUCGAAUUGGUGACAGAUCUUUAGUACCCAGAUCAAUUUACAAACUAAUUGUUGUUGAUAGUGGAUCAAUUGAACCCAAAUCUCACCCUUCUAUUCCCUUAAACUCUUGUAAAGAAGCAUGUUCUGAAUCCAUGGCUGUCAAACCGGUGGCCUCCUGUGAUCCAAAUCAAGCUCUACUCAAAGUCUUUAUGUAUGAUUUACCUCCUGAUUUUCACUUUGGGUUAUUAGGGUGGAGAGGAGCUCCGAACCAAAUAUGGCCCAAUGUAGGUAACUUCAGUGAAAUCCCUAAAUACCCAGGUGGAUUAAACUUACAACACAGUACAGAAUAUUGGCUCACACUUGAUCUUCUAUCAUCAGUGACCCCAAAUGUGCCUAGAUCUUGCACCGCUGUUCUUGUACAUAAUUCAAGUCGAGCAGAUAUUUUUUUCGUUCCAUUUUUCUCAUCUUUGAGUUACAAUAGGCAUUCUAAGGUUCAGGGGAUGGAGAAAAAUAGUACUAGCGAUAUUUUGCAAGAGAGGUUGGUGGAAUACUUGAAGGGUAGGGAUGAAUGGAAAAGAUUUGGAGGGAAGGAUCAUCUGAUCAUGGCUCACCAUCCAAACAGUAUGUUGAUGGCUAGAUGGAAGUUGGGUUCGGCUAUGUUGGUGCUUGCAGAUUUUGGAAGAUACUCUGAUGAGAUUGCAAAUAUUGAAAAAGAUGUGGUUGCUCCUUACAAACAUGUUGUUAGGACUAUUGAUGCUAACAAGUCUCCUCCUUUUGAAGAGCGACCCACGUUGGUGUAUUUCCAGGGAGCAAUUUAUCGGAAAGAUGGUGGAACUAUUCGUCAAGAAUUAUACUACCUAAUGAAAGAUGAAAAAGAUGUGCACUUCACAUUUGGAAGUGCCACCGUAGGUGGGAUCCGCAAGGCAUCCACAGGGAUGGCAGCCUCCAAAUUCUGCCUCAAUAUUGCCGGAGACACACCUUCUUCUAAUCGUCUCUUUGAUGCCAUUGUCAGCCAUUGCGUUCCUGUUAUAAUCAGUGAUGAAAUCGAGCUCCCAUAUGAAGAUGUCCUUGAUUACUCCAAAUUUUCCAUAUUUGUCCUUGCUUCAGAUGCGUGUAAAGAAGGGUACCUCUUGAAUCUUCUCAGAGGAAUUGAGAGGGAAAAGUGGACUGAAAUGUGGGAAAAAUUGAAGGAAGUUGCACCACAUUUUGAGUAUCAGUAUCCCUCGAGGCCUGGUGAUGCUGUGGACAUGAUCUGGCAGGCGGUUUCAAGAAAGGUAUCUCCUUUACAUUUAAAAGCUCAUAGGAAAAACAGAUACCAUAUGUCACAAGAAUUCUUGAAAGCUCAUUAAGUAGUAUGCUUUUUGGCUUGCCCCUUUGGAAGAUCAGUAUCUUAGCUUCUGAAUAUAGAGGGAUAUAUAUAGGUCACAGUUAGAUAGAUUUGAACGAUAUUCAUCUAUGUAACAUAUAUUUGAAACCAUAUGAAAUCGAGUAA